UGGCUUUGGGAACACGAAGCUGACGUUACUCGGGGGCAUCAUUUUGGCUCAAGCUAUUUUUGGUUACAACUGCAUACACAGACACUCGAUUGUCCCCAGCGGCAGGCCCUGCGGCGACGAUGACCCACAUGCCUUCCAUCAUGCGCGGACGCCACCGCGCAUUCCUUAUCCAUAACGUGCUGAGUUGUUAUGUGUGCGGCCAAGUAUUGUGGGAAGAUCGCGCCCAGCAAGGUGACAACGUCAGUGCGCAGGACAUGCAACUUUUCCAGUUUCUCCUUCUCUCGCGCCAGGAGGCCACCGAUAGUUGCAGCGCGUUCCGAUUCGCCAAGGCUGCCCCGUCUGCGUGCUAUCCAAGGGAUGGCGGAGCUUCUGACAGCCUCGCUAACACCGUCGCCGUGAGCGUCCGUGGCUUCGAUAACGACCAGGUCCAGCGCGCAGUGUCCUACUUGGGAGAUAACGCUUCGUUUGCGCACCUUGCGGCGGAUCUGGCUUUCGAUACGAACGCCGCGUACAGGCCGACGCACGCGGACGACGCGGACGCAGCAGACCAGGCCCGGUUCUGGAAUGAGUUUGAGGAUGUGGUGACGGCCCAACUUCUGAGGAGGAACGGGGCUCUCACUCAGGAUAUCAUGUCCGUGCAUCCGCUCUUCGCCGGGGACACAAUGGAGCAGUCCGCCCAGCGCGUCCGUGCGGACUUCCCCACGCAGUUUCCUACGGAGCAGAUUAUGAGCUACUUGGGCAGCAUGGCGCUCACAAUGGACCCGGAAAUCUUCGGCCAGGCCAGUUGCGCGAGCACGGUCGAGUUUGUGAACGGCCCAGUGGCUUUAGGGAGGAUGAUCGGCUGGGCGAUCGCAGAGGUGUCGCCCGCCGCCUUCGCUUGCAAGUGGUACGUCGGCCGCGCGCGGCCCGAGGAGGUUGCGUACAACCUCAGCCAGGGGGGUUUGAGCCAGGCCCCGGCCAACGUCAGGGCGAUGGUGGACGGCAUGGGCUUGACCGCGCGCGAGUCUUUCACCGCCUAUUCAGAAGGGUGCCCCGUGCACCCAGCUUGGCCGGCUAUGCAUUCGGCGGCCUCCUCUCUGUCGACUUGGCUUGACGUCGUGGCCCUCCUGACCCCAGCGCAGCGCAAUGAGGUGCGACUCCUGGAUUACUCUGUUGCUUACUUCCGC